AUGAUUACCCGUAGCUCCCAGGAAGUUCUCUCUCCAGGUAAACGAAAAGAAAAAGUAGCCUACGUGCCUAGUCUUGUAAAGUAGGCUAGAUAAAUAAAUGAAGGCUACAUUAUAAAUGGGUAUAUGGAAGGAGAAGGGAUGGAAAUGACAGAAGAAAUGUUACAAUCAAACUUCAACUAUCAAUAGCUACAUUGACCUAUGUUGUUAUUAUCAAAAAAGUGAAUUUAAUAUUUAAAUAUAUUUUUAUGAGGAGGUAUCAUUAACUGAUUACCCCCUCUCUCUGUUCUCCCUAUAGCCCCCAACAGCUCUGACCAGGUUUGGGGUCUGAAUGGAGGUGGCAGGCGGAAGAGGAAAAGGUCUGUGUUCCACAACGCCAAAACUGCUGAUCCCGGCUUAGAAUGUAGCGGGUCCACGGAGCCAAAGGCUUUCCAGGAGCUAUUUACUGUGCCGGCUCCCCCUGCACCCAAGGUGCUGUGCCGGCGUCCUGGGAACGUUAGCCAGAGAUGCAACGCUGUGACCUCCAGGGCCUGGGGCCCAGGCAGGGGGGGUUGGAUGGAGCCUUUAGGCCAUUGUCCAGCCCUGAACCAGACUCAAGGCCCCCGGCCACUGUGCCUUGUAGUGGCAAAGGAUGACUGCCCCUCCACUUCCCGCCUUAAAGCCACUAAACGCCACCGCAAAGGUAAAAGGGACCACCAAACAGAUUCAGAAAUAAUUUCUGGUCCCAUCAUGAGGGAAUUAAUUUUCACAGCUUUGUUUCGUUUCAGCCCGACUGGAAAAGCUGUAUGUAAAGGGGCCGUUGCUGGGGAAAGGGGGCUAUGGGUCUGUCUAUGCAGGGACCCGCAAAUCUGACGGCAUGCCGGUGAGACAACACACAACAACUCCUUUCUUUCCUGUGAAAACAUAUGUUGGCUGUGUGACACUUAAUAUUGUUUUAGUGUCAUACCAAAUCUUAAGCCAGCCUGGUUACCCAGUCUGUUUCUGCCUCAGCCAACUUGUUGUUGUCCUGCUUGUUUGGCAAAGCAACAAAGAACUGUAAUAUUGUUGAAAGCAGAAACAGACUGGUAGUCUUAUACAUGUUUCUACUCUCACAUUCUCAAUCUUACACACUCACAGACUCACCCUAACUCACACACUCAAGGGAUCUAAUCCUCAUAGACAGCCUCACGCCCUUGCAAUAUUCUUAUAGUUUGAGGGAUUCUGUCUCAUCGAUGCUAUAGCUUUUGAUUGUUGGCUUUCUAUGGCAGUUGCUCUAUUGAUUUGUGUUCUUUUUGCACAGUGCUUGACUUGGGCAGGAGCUCACCAGAGCUGAGUACCGGCACCUCACAUUUUCUACUGCUUGAGCUCCUGUUCCUUUUAUAGAAUAUUAGCUCAAAUGUAUUGUGGAGCUCCUGCACCUAAAUGUAAACAGUACCGGCACCCAAAAUGAGUACCGUCACCUAUUUCAGUCCAAGUCAAGCACUGCUUUUGCAUGAAGCUACUGUAGCUUAUUUAAGCAGCCAAGGGCAUCUAAAACAAAGAGGCUGCUCUUGAUUCCAUCUUACACCUAAACUCCCAUAGCUCUUGUCCAAUUUCAUGGAUCAAGCACACACUCACCUUCCCUGGCCCACCAGAUGGCAAGAUUCAAAUGAAGCUGGUCUUCUCAUAAAGUUUCUGAGAUAUUUUCUUGGUGAGGGAAUGGAGACCAAAUAUUCCUCUGGGGCAGUGGUUCACACUCUUUUGUACUGUGACAUGUCUACCCAAAGUCACUGUGACCUGACACAGGAACAAACCCAGUGCCCAGUGUUGAGCUAUAACCCAAAUGGGACUUAGCUGUGACUCACCAUUUGAGACUGCUCUGCAGUAAUACAUGCCUUGGACCAUUGUAAUGUCUGUAUUGACAGGCCUAUUCUCACCUAGGUCAUCCUGUUACAGGACAUUUUAUUUCCCUGUGCGCUGUCAGUCAAUAUAAUUGCUCUCCCCCCUCUCAUCUUUCGCUCCAUCUAUCCUCCAGAUUUAGCCUCGCUCCUUUCCUAACAGUGGCAGUGUAGGAAAGUAGUUACACAACCUCACCAAACUUUCCCUUUCAAUAGAACAUCUAAACUUUAUUUUCAUUUAGUGAGAUAUUGCGCUGCUCCCAUGCCAAUCAGGACGAAUUACCUGGUCAUUAAGCGAGCCUGUAAUUAUACUGAACAAAAAUAUAAAUGCAACAAUUUCAAUGAUUUUACUGAGUUACAGUUCAUAUAAGGAAAUCAGUUAAUUGAAAUACAUUAAUUAGGCCCUAAUCUAUGGAUUUCACAUGACUGGGCAUAGGCCCACCCACUUGGGAGCCAGGCCCACCCAAUCAGAAUUAUGUUUUCCCCACAUAAGAGCUUUAUUACAGACAGAAAUACUCCUCAGUUUCAUCAGCUGUCCAGGUGGCUGGUCUCAGAUGAUCCCGCAGGUGAAGAAGCCGGAUGUGGAGGUCCUGGGCUGGCGUGGUUACACGUGGUCUGUGGUUGUGAGGCCGGUUGGACGUACUGCCAAAUUCUCUAAAACGACGUUGGAGGCAGCUUAUGGUAGAGAAAUUAACAUUAAAUUAUGUGGCAACAGCUUUGGUGGAUAUUCCUGCAGUCAGCAUGCCAAUUGAGCGCUCCAAUAAAAAUUGAGACAUCUGUGGCACUGUGUUGUGUGACAAAACUGCACAUUUAAGAGUGGCUUUUUAUUGUCCCCAGUACAAAAAGCACCUGUGUAAUGAUCAUGCUGUUUAAUCAGCUUCUUGAUAUGCCACACCUGUCAGGUGGAUGGAUUAUCUUGACAAAGGAGAAAUGCUCACUAACAGGGAUGUAAACACAUUUGUGCACACAAUUUGAGAGAAAUGACAUUAAUUCGUAAUGGCUUUUUAUGAUGGUGUAACUGCUUUUCCUUCAAUAACUUUCAUAUAUCUUCACCUUGUCAUUUACUUCUGAAAGGCCCUUCAUCAUACCUGACCAACCUCAGCCGUCUCCUGUAUGAGUUCAUUUUGUAUUAUUCUCAUGAAAGCACUGAGAAUGUUAUAACAACUUAGACUGUUGUUGCUAUUCCCACAGGUAGCCAUCAAGUAUGUGUCCAAGGCCCAAGCUGAGGAGGAGCUGGACAUUGUGAGUGCCAGCCUAGUACUGGUUGAUUUUAGUGUAGGGGUUAUAUCAGUUAUCUCUACUAAUGCUAGCCUAACUGCAAUUGCUAAUUGCUUCCUCCUUUGCACACACACAGCCUGGGCAAGGGCCCCUGCCCCUGGAGGUGGCGUUGAUGAAGCAGGUGAACGUGGCGCCACAAUGCCCCUACAUCAUGCAGCUGCUGGAGUGGUUUGACCAGCCGUCGCGCUACAGGACCUUAUCGCCUUCUGCCAGGACCGGGGGGUCACCAUGAGCGAGGGCGAGGCACGCCAGGUGAUGGUGCAGCUGUUGAGGGUGCUGAACCACUGCAGCGAGCGAGGGGUCCUGCACCGGGACAUCAAGCCAGAGAACCUGCUGAUCCAGACUGACUCGCAGCACGUCAAGGUGUUUGACUUUGGCUGUGGAGACCUGCUGAAGAAUACGGCCUACAAGGACUUUGCAGGUUAGAGACCUUGGAGAGUGUAAGGGAGGGAAAGGGGUGGUUGAGAGAGCAGAUCUCUAAGAAUUGCUCAGUGUGAGUGGAAGCAAUAUGACGGGAACUCCACUUAGCCCUAUUGUUGAUUUCAGCAUGCCGCCUCCGCUCUCAGAAUACUUUCAAAAAGGCUACUGAAUAAUACAUUUCCUGUGUCUGUCCGCCCCCUCUCAGGCACCCUGGAGUACACCCCUCCAGAGUGGUUCCUACAGAGACACUACCUGGCAGGUCCAGCUACUGUCUGGUCGGUGGGCAUCACCCUCUACAACCUGAUAUGUGGCUUCCUGCCCUUCAGCACCAUCCGAGAGACCAUCAAGGGCCGCGUGCGCGUCACCAAGGGACUGUCCCCCGGUCAGAGAUGGAGGGAUGAGGGAAGGAGGGUUGGAUGAAGUAGGGGAUGAGGUUUCCAUAAAGAUGUAGAUGAUGUAACCUCAUACUACAACAGAUGAUUGUGGAGUUAUCCUCUGUCUUAUCAUAUACCUGUUGUUACUUCCUCUCCACCAGAAUGCCGUCAGCUGAUUCGCUGGUGCCUGAGCACUAAGGCAGCGGACCGACCAACCAUGGAGCAGAUCCAGCUCCAUCCCUGGCUCCUGUGA